CCCAUAGAAGGCAGUGGAAAGAAAGAGACUGGAAAGACCAUUACAGAUAGAGAAGCAGUGCAAUUUCUUUAUUAACUACAAGUCCGUUCUUCUUCGAGGAAUUAAAAAAACUCAACGUGUGGGCAUCUCAAACGGCGGUGGACGUUGUACUUCUUCGGUGUAAGGGACUGGACCCAGGUUGACAUCGCAGAUUAUCGCCUUGCUAUUUACGUCCUCGUCUUCUAAUUUUGCAGUCAAAUAUUAAAGUAAAGCAAAAAUGAAGAGUGUCAGGAGCUGUAUUGGCACACUUGUGGUGCUGAUACUGUGUCGAGUGGGAGAGAUUGCAGAAGCGUGCAGUUGUUCACCCGUCCAUCCUCAACAGGCGUUUUGCAAUGCUGAUGUUGUAAUCAGGGCCAGGGUGGUUGGAAAAAAAGAAGUGGCUUCUGGGAACGAUAUUUAUGGGAACCCCAUCAAGCGGAUCCAGUAUGAGAUAAAGCAGAUAAAGAUGUUCAAAGGCCCGGAUCACCACAUCGAUGUGAUCUUCACUGCACCCUCAUCUGCUGUGUGUGGGGUGACGAAUUUGGACACUAAUGGCAAGAAAGAGUACCUCAUCUCAGGCAAGGCAGAGGCCAAUGGAAAGAUGCAUGUGACUCUCUGUGAUCUCAUCAUGCCCUGGGAAUCCAUGAGUGCCACCCAGAAGAAGAGCCUCAGUCAGCGCUACCAGAUGGGGUGUGACUGCAAGAUCACACGCUGUGCGACCUUCCCAUGCGAGAUCAAUGCCCCUGAGGAGUGUCUGUGGACAGAUUGGAUGACGGAGAAGAUCAUUCACGGGCGCCAGUCUGACCAUUAUGCCUGCAUCAAGAGAGGAGAUGGCUCCUGCGCCUGGUACCGUGGAGUUGCUCCACCCAAGAAAGAGUUUCUGGACGUGGAGGACCCUUAAUCUGUCUCUCUCUCCCUCUCCACAUCGCCCGCUCUGAGGUUCUUACAAAUAUAAUAGAUAAGGUGUAAGUUAAUAUCAACAUAAAGACAAAACUCUACCAAAUUGAAAUAUUAAGGCUAGAUUAGUGUACAGUCUUCAUUAGAUAUCGGAAUAGGACACAGAAUGGAGUGAAGUUACUACCCAUCCAAGACUGGCACCCGAAAACACUCCCCAGGUGAGGGACAAUCUUUAAAUAAGAGCACUUUCCGCCCCAAACAGCGCUUAGAUUUCUCUUUGCAAAAAGGACUGAAAUGUCUUCUACCAUCUCCCACAAUUGCAGUCUCUUACAGUCUCUCAGCUCAUUUACAUUUUUUUAGUUUCUGGCAUUUUAGUCCAAACCCACAUGGGGGUGACAAUGAAAGUAUUAUGUUUCAAGGUAGUGUAAUUUCCCAAAGCCGUGCCAAUUGGUCAACUCUGAUAAAUGGUGAGGCAGGACUUCCCAGAUGUUCAAAGAUGUGCGGGAACCACAAAAGAACUUCUAACAGACAGCUGGGGUUUGGAAAAAUGAAAAUUAAAGACCAAAGUCAAUGUCACUAGACAUGCAUUUGUAAGGGAAACAAAAUCUCCUAGUGCUGCUAACCAAAUUUAGAAUGUUGAACUGUUGUAUAUUAAGCUGUUAUUAAUGCUUUUCAUCACCAUUGUGUCCAUUCGCUUCAUGGUGUAUCCUACAUACAUGCAAAAAUGAAGGAAUAACAGUGUAAACAUCUAUUAUCCUGAUGACAGUUCUAGUGUUCAUAAAUAGUUUAGCAAUAUACAAUAAAUUUCGUUCUAAUUUGAUUUUGUUAAUGCACAUUUAUGAAUUAAACAUCCCUAACUUGUUGUCUGUUUACCUUUCUAAACCUUUACUUUGUUUUAAACAUACAAUGGGUCUCAUUCACUAACCAUGUGUACACAAGUCGAGUAAUGCAUUUUAUUGUAAGUUGUAGCUUGACCUGGGAUAGGUUAGGCCUAAAUAAAAGGUGUUUGUGUUUCAACUGGUUUUGAGAAUAGCACACUUGACUUAAAGAUCUUGCUGUGCUUUAGAGAGCAUGAGAUAAUAAAAAGCUAAGAUUGCACCUGUACAGGUGAGGUUGAGCAUAAAGCCCUCAUAUGGAGAUGGUUUGUUGUGUAUUAUGCUAAUUACUAACUGCAGGCAUGCACUCCGUCAUUUAGAAUAAUCCUAUUCGUCAACAUUAGAAUCAGGGUAGGAUAAAUGUAUAUGCAGAACCUUUUCUGCGCACAUAAAUACAAAAAAUGUUGUAGGCAAUUAUUAGUGAAUGAGACCCAAUGAGAUUUUCCUGUCCAAUUUACACAUUUAUUCCUCCGUUAAGAGUUAAGACUAUGAGUUCAGUAAUGAUUCUAUCUGAACUUGUUGCACUUUUUAAAAAAUGUAUUACAAAUAAAACCAGGAGAGGACUGUCUCCUCUUUUUUGUAACUCUCAUUUUCAGCUUUUUCCGCACAUUUAAAUGCUUUAAUACAUUUAAGAAUUAAAACAUCAAUUAUCUAAUGUCGUUGUGAGCUCUUUUACAUUGUGUAUUGUUAUUUUCUGUGUCAUUAUUAUACCCAAAGAGGUAUAUAAGGAUUUAGUUGCCAUGGUAAUGGGAAGACCCUUAGUUUUUCCCUAGAGUAAAACAAGGCUGAUUGGAUUGGCAUGCAAAGACACAGACCUAUAGCAUGCUCUGAUUCUCUGCACAGAAAGAGGAAACCAAGGCAGGGCUUCCUUCCUCCUGUGAUGUCAAUAAACUCAGGAGUUUAUUGGCAGCUUGAGAGGAAGGCACAGAGUUAAGUUGUUGCAGCUGCCCCCUGAUUGGGCGUUCCAGUCACGUGAUGGACUAAGGGUAAGACGUUAGAAUACUAGUUGCUAGGCGCUUUGUCAGGGUGAACCGUGUGGCCCAAUGUGGUCAGAGUGAUGGAGAGAAAGAGGGAAGAAACAGGACCACUGAUGAAGCAACAACAUAAAGUGUUGAUACUGUAGAUUGGGUGCAGAUAUUGCCAUUAUUUUUAAGGCAUCACAAUCAUUGUAUAAAAUCAACACAGCAAUCAUUUUUAUCGACAAAGGGAGCAUUAUUAUGGGUAAUAGUUAAAUUCAUGCCUUUAUAUUUUGGCUAUCAGUGUUCCAGCACUAAUGUGUAUGAAGCUUUCUGUGAUUUAAAUUAAGAUUUUUUUCAAUAUCCUUUUCUUUCAUUAUACUAGAAGCAUUGUCGGAAACAAGCUUGAAGUCUUUCGAACAGGCUACAUAAAUCUUCAAGGUUAAUGUUUAAUACGCAUUGAGCUAUAACUACUUAAACUGCUUUGUAUUAAUUGUUAUUGAACCUAAAUGGCAUAAGUUAAAUGUUUUUGUUUCCACAUUUCUACUUUUUUUAAUAUGUGUUAUUAUUACCUUUGAUUUAUAUGAUCAUUGUGUUAUUUUUACCAGUCUUUUGUCUUUUUAAUAAUUUGCAGAAAAGUGCAGGAAUGUGAGAACUCUUGUGUCUAAACCACAUGAGAGUUGUGGUAGAAGAACCAGACUAUGCAUGUUUUUGAUGCUUUAUGUAAUUCCCAUGUGGAUGUUCACUUGAUGGAUAAAUAUACAGUAUUACCAAAUAAAACAUUAAACUAAAUCUA